CCUCGGUUUCCGGGAUGUUUGGUGAUGUGGCUCUUGCUCACAAAUCCUGAAGACGAAAUUGGUCAGAAAGUGUAAAAACAGCAACUCUUGCUCGCGGAGGACUCACACAGGUCAGUCAUGUUCAGCCGGCUGACCCAAGGAGUGACCUCUGUCCUGCAGGAGUUAUCGGGGGAGGAGCGCCCCGAUGGUGACCCACAGGAUGGUUUGGUUCCUCAGCCACUAUCUGGAGAAGAUUCUUUCUCUGAGGGUCCAGGGGCCUCAGAGGAAGUCCUAGAAAGACUGGCCCAGACAGAGCAGCUGGUGGUCCAGCUGAAAGAGCUGAUCAGGGAGAAGGACAGCCAGCUAGCUAUUGCUGAGAAACAGCUCAAGGAUGAAAAGGAACAGGGAGAAGCCAAGUUUACCAAACUGAAGCUGCAAGCAAAAGCCAAGAUGGCUGCUCUAAAUAAACAAAUAUCUGAGCUGAAAGUACAGGAGGGACAAAACACCAGCCAGACUUCAGACAGCUCCUUCACAGUGCCUUCAGAAGUGGAGGAGGAGCUCCAGCAGCUGAAGCAGAAGCUGAGUCAGGAGGAGUCUUUAACUCACAGCCUACAAGAACAGCUCAUGGUUGCUGAGCAGCGUUUGAAAGAAAAGGAGGAAGACCAUGCAGAACAGGUGCGAGUUCUGCAGGCUGUGGUAAAGGACAAAGAUGUGCGGUUUCAGGAGCAGAUCCUAAAGCAUGAAGAGGAGCUUCUUCAUCUAACCAGCCAGACCUCAAAUGAUGGAGAGCUACAGCAGGCCCUGCGUGCGUCCCAGCGGCGGAUUGAGGAGCUGGAGGAAUCCUUGCGUUCUCGCUCAGAAGUUUUGGAGAUGUUACAGCAGGAGCUAAACAGCGCAGAUCAGCAGAAACAGAUCCUGACCACACAGUUCAGGCAGAUGGAACAGGAACUAGCAGAAUCUCGCAGACUGAGAGAGGAAGAAAAGCAGCAGUUGGCCAGUUCUGAAGAACAACUAGGGGCCCUCAGAGCCAGCCUAGAAACGUCUGAGAAGGAAAGAGAACAGGCCAUCGCUGCUGUAGAAGCAGAGUUAGCCAGAAGGAGCUCUGAGCUGGAUGAAGUGAGAGCGAGACUGAAUGCAGUAGAGCAGGAGAAGGAACAGAGUGUAGAGAAAAGGAAGGAGGCAGGGGCUGGCAUUGAGGCUGAGCUGACCAACUUAAGAGCAAGCCUGGAAGCUUCAGAAAGGCAGAGAGAGGAGGUGACGAAGAAGCUGGAAGUGGAGGUCGAAAGCCGAGUGGCCGAGCUGCACAGUCUACAAGAGAAGCUCGAUGUGGUGGAAAGAGAGAGGGAGGAAGCGUCGAAGGGAGAAAGAGAGGAGUUGACACGCUUGCAGACUGAGCUUACCAGCCUGAGAGAAAGUCUGGAUGUUGGCAGAGAAGAGCAGGAAGUUGGGCUUCAGGCCAUGCAGGCUUUGGAGAAACUAUGGAAAGGGCUCCACUCUCUGACAGGAAGUGAUGAAGGAAUGGAGGUAGAAAUGUCCAUCCCUGCUGACCCUGCACAGGUGCUUCCUGUAUUAGAAACACGACUGGACAACCUGAGAGCAGAACAGCAGGAGAGAGAAGUGCGCAUGUCUCAAAUCACUGUCACCCUGGAGACUCUGCAAGGACAACUAGAUAAAAGCACUGCAGAAGGAGAGGAGGCAAUCGCCAGGAUACAGCAACUUGAACAACAACUCAAGCUUCAAGUUACUGAUGAGUCACUGGGAGAUCAGGUGACUGACCUGUCUGUGAGGGAUUUGGACAGGGCAGACAAAGUUGAAGAUGCAUACGACAACAGCUCAGGUGAUACAUUACACACAGAGAAAGUUCUGGCUCUGGAGCAACAGCUGAUUGAGAGAGAGAGGGAGCUUUCUGCUCUCAGGGAAAAGCUAGCAAUCACUGAGCAGCAGAGCCUGAAGAUUUCAGAAGUCGGAAAAGCUGACUAUGGAACUACUGGAAACCUUUCUGGCAUGCCAGAGAGUCCUGGAGUGCUGCCUUGUCUUGAUGAUACUCUAGAAGAAGACAAAACACUGAUUGCUGUGGAGACUUCUGGAAUGUCUACCUCGGUCUUGUCCUCGACUGCUGACAAUGAGAGUAGUCCUGAGAUUACUGGACCACAGCCUGAGUCUCCUGGAGAGUUAAAGGGAGCUUCCUCAGAUGAGAUGGUAACCAGCAGUGACUCAGAAGUUGCUCAUAGUAGCUGGACACUUCUAGAGGCCAUUAAUCAAGAUGGUGCUCAAGAGUGGCCUCAACAGGAAUCCAACUUUGGUGCACUACAGCUUUCUACACAGUCCUGGGAGGAAACUAGUGAAGAACAGGUCACAUCUACAUGCUCUAUGGUUGAGGUAGAAUCAUCAUCCGUGGUUAUUCGUGAAACAGUACAGGUACACAUUAGCGAGCAAGAGGCCAACUUGCUGAGUAUGGAAUCUAGCCCUGGUCAGGCUUUUGCACAAGUCCUGGCAGAGGAGCUCCAGAAAAGACACAGUGAACUACUGGCUGAACUUCAGCAACUAAAAGAUUCAGCCUCUGAGUCUCAGGAGAAAGUAUACCUACUGGAAGAGGAAUUGAAGUCACUGACAGCUAUUAAGGACGAGGCAGAGGCAAGGGCCCAAAGGUAUGAAAAAGAAUUGACCGAAACAAGAGCAGAGAUUCAACGAGAGGCAGAUCAAAUGACUUCAGAGAGAGAUAAACAGAAUAGCGUGAAGAAAAUGCUUGAGGAGCAGCUGGAGAGCUUGCAAAUAGAGGCUUGCUCCAAAGAUCAGAAGAUUCAAGCUCUGCAGGCAGAUCUAGAUGAAGUCCAGCAAAAACUUACUGAGAAAGAAGGACAAGCAAGCAUGCUUGGUGCCCAGUUGGAGGACAAAGAUCUUGUUUCCUCUGAACUGGAGGAAAAGCUCAUUGACCUGGAGGCAAAACUUAAGCAAGUCUCACAGGAGGCUGACAUUACUAAAGCUGCUCUUGUUGACAGGACAACUGAACUAGAGAACUUGCAGCAGCAACUUUCCCUGAAAGAACAGGAAAUGGUGGAACUCAGUGAUACCAUGACUGCCAAACUGCUCCAGGCAGGUGAGGAAAAGUUUGCUAUAUCUAGUGAAGUCAAAAAGUUAAAGGAGCAAAUGUUAGAACUUGAGAAAACUUGGGAUGACCAGCAGAAAGUGAAAGCAGACAAAACAGCUGAUGACAACGAGGAGCUGGUCACUUUGCGCAAGGAGAAAGAGGACUUGGCUGCUCAAAUAGUCACCAUGAGAAAGGAUGGAGAACAAGUCAAACGGAAGUUGCAGGCAGCCUUGGUGCAGCGCAAGGAACUGAUGAAAAAGAUUGCAGAUUUUGAGAAGUUAGAAGAGGGUGGCAAACAAAAAGGUGAUCUAGAUGAAGGUGCUACCCCUCAUUGUACAGAUGAGAGAGAAAGAGAGCAGGAACUUGAAGCACUAUUGCAAGAGACCAGACAAGUCUUGAAUUCCAAAGAAGAAGCUUUGACUGUUUUAGAGCAGAAAGCAUUAAAUCAAGAUCAAGCCCUGGCUGAGGCACAUGCUGAAAUCCAACGCUUGAUUGAAGAGGCUGAAAAAGUGAGCCAAAAAGAGCAACAAAUGCUACAGUUAGAAGAGGAUAAGACUAGAUUGCAGUCACAGGUUGGCAGCAUGGAAUCUGAGCUUGAUAUGUUGCAGAAAAGGCUUCAGGAGGCUGUGGAUUCUCGUAAAGACACCCUCCGCAAGGCAAAAGAGAAGGACAGGCAUCAUCGUGAACAGCUGAGGCAGCAGAAAGAGGAGUACAGUGGCCUGCUAGAACGUUUUGAAGCUGAAGAUGAAGAGAAAGCUGAGCUGCUUAAACGUCUGAAAGACCUUGAAAGUCUUUUGGAAUCAAAGGAGCAGACAGAUAAAGAGAAGCUUCUCACUGUUGAAGGAAAUUCCAAGAAUGCUUCAGAGAAUCUAGAGAGACUAGGGUCCGGGGAUUGGGUUCAGGAGGAUUGGGUGGAUUUUGCUGCACCUGAGACUGACAUUAGACAGCAAAGGUCACCUGAUGAGCAGCUUCCACAAAGUGCAUCAGGAGAUGAAGAGACUGUGAUAAAUUCCCUUCAGGAGGAGCUGAAAUCUGAGCAAGCUGCCCGUGUGGACUUAGAAAAGCGUCUGCAAGAAAGUCAGGCCACUGUGUCAGUCAAGGAGAAUGAGUUCCUUGAGCUCAGCAAAGAACUGGAGGCACUGAGGGCGAAGGAGAGACAAAUAGAUGCUCUUUCAGAAGAGCUAAACACUUUGAGAGAAAAGUGCCAGCAAGCAGAAGCCCAUGCAGAAAUGCUGAAAGCAGAAGUGGAGGAGGCUGCAGCUGUGGCUAGGACAAGCUUAUCUAAUACAGAGUCUCCUGUUGCAGCUCUGCAGGUGGAGGUAGAGGAGUUCAAGCAGUUUCUGGAAGGCAAAAACAAUGAGAUUGUUGACCUAAGCCAGCAGCUGAGUGAGCAAAGUAUCCUUCUGCAGAAGAUGCAGGAAACGAUGUUGGAGAAGGAUCAGCUGAUCAGUUCCUUGCAAGAAGGACUGAAAGCUGAGCAAGAGAGGAACCAAAAACUGGAGUCAGAAAUCCCACAAAAGCAGGAGGAAGAUAAAGACAACAAUGCCAAACUGCAGCAACUUCAGCGCAAAUUACAGGCUGCUCUGGUAUCACGAAAAGAAGCUCUCAAAGAGAACCAAGCUCUAAAAGAAGGGCAAGCUGCUGUUGAGAAGAUAAGGUUAGAGCUACAAGUAAAGCUUGAGAAUGGUGAGACAGAGCUGAGUAAGCUGAGAGCAGAGAGAGAGAAACUGAUUGAAGAAGUGGAUCGGGCCUUGCUGGAGAACCAGAGUCUUGGUGCCACCUGUGAGAGCCUUAAGCUUGCUAUGGAUGGUCUCCUGAGUGAGAAAGACACAUGCCAACGCCAAGCUGAGAGUGCCAAAGAAGAAGCUGAUCUGGCAUGUAGACAAUGGGAGGGAAAGAUGCAAAGCAUGAAAGAUGAGUAUGAAAGUUUACUGAAGUCAUAUGAGAACGUGAGUGAUGAGGCUGAGCGUGUUAGAAGAGUGCUGGAGGCUGCUAAACAGGAGAGGCAGGAAUCGGCCGCCAAGGCACGGGCCUAUGAGGCAGCCAAACAGGAGGCAGAGAGGUUAGCAGAGGAGGCUCAGAAAGAAGUAGAUGCAGUAAAAGAGAAAAUGAGGAAGUUUGCCAAGGCGAAGCAACAGAAGAUUUUGGAACUAGAGGAGGAGAAUGAGAAGCUCAGAGAACAAGUAGAGACGAAAGGCACCAAAGAAGUGGAUACAGAGUUGAAGCAAGAGCUUGAAAAAGUAAAAAAUGAUUUGAAAGCUUUAAAAACUAAUUUUGACAUUGUAGAGACCCAACGACAUUCUCUGGAACAGGAAACUAAAGAACUGAAGCAGCAGUUGACUAAGGAAAUUGAUAGAAAGAACAGUGAAGCUCUUGGUUUGAGCUCCUCUGGAGUAAUUAUUGAGGAAGAGGUGUUACCAAAGCAGUCAAGCCCUAUUUUUACUGAAAACCAAGAGGAUCUAGUUACCCAUAUCCAUUCCAAAAAGUCUAAUCUGUUGGAGGAGGCAGAGGGGUCAACUCUGGUCAUGCUUAAACAAGAAACUACAGAGAUCAAACCUAAGACUGAGUUGACUCAAAGUGCACACAUAGAAAGAGAGGAAAGACUAAAGGAACUGGAGGUAGCUCUUGAGGUUGCAGAGAACAAUCUAAAAGUACUUCAAGAAGCUCUUGAAGAUGAGAAAGCAGUCAGAGCUGAGCAGGAAACCUCCCUUAGCACAGAAUUGGCUUCUCUGAAGCAGCACCUUCAGGAGAGUACGGAAAGAGAGGAGAGACUGAAGGAGGAGUGUUCUAAAAGAGAAACACAGCUUCAGGAGCUUCGCAAAAGCCUAGAAGCUGAGAAAGAUGACCUUGAGGAGCAGCUAAUGAACCAGUUAGCCCAGGUCAAUGGCAGUAUUGCCGGUUAUCAGCAGGAGGCAGCUGACAGUCGAGAUCGUCUUGCAGACCUGCAGCGAGAAUUGGAGAAAAAGGAGAGAGAGCGAGCUGAGUUGGAAGCCACUGUAGCGAGUGAAAGGGACCGAGCAGCAAGACUUGAAGAAGAUAAAAGACAGGCCCAACGAGAAAGAGCUGAGGCAGAGGCAGAGGCAGGUAAACAGAGGGAGCUGGAGCAGAAGCUGAAAUCUGCACAGAGGGUAAAAGAAGGAAGUCAGAGCCGAGCUCGCCAACUUGAAGAACUUCUGAGGGAGAAGCAGCUGGAGGUCCGACAAAUGCAAAAAGACUGCAUCCAGUACCAGGAAAGGAUCAGUGAGCUGGACAAAGAGACAAAGGCACUCUUACUGGGUAGAGAUGAGGUGUGCUCUGAGCUUGAAGCAGCCCGUCUGGAGAUAGCAAAGAUCACAGAGGAGAGGACCAAGCUUGAAUCGGAUUUGACAACAUUAAAAGGGAAGCUAGAUGUGGCUCAAGGUGAGGCUAGUCAGGCACUAGCAGACAAAACGGCCUUGGAGCAGUCAGCACAACAGCGUGAGGCUAAGUUAAAGGCAGAAGCUGAGCGGACCCUUGAUGAAGUAAGAUAUCGCUUGGGGGCGGAGCUUAAACAGAUGGAACUGAGGUUAGAGCAGGCCUACAGUGACAGGGAAAAAGAAGAGGAGGCAACUCUUGAGGCUAGGAAAAUUGCGGAGGAUGCAGACAGAUAUGCCCAGGAAACGCAAGCACGCCUGGAUGAAUCACUAGCACGUCUAGCUGCCUUUUCGCGCUCUAUGUCUUCCCUGCAGAAUGACCGUGACCGGGUUCUGGAUGAAGCCAAGCAAUGGGAGAGUCGCUUCCACAGCGCCCUCCAGGGCAAGGAGUCCGAGCUGCGGGAAGCUGAAAGCCGAGCUAAGGAUCUAUCUGAGCAACUUCAGAAAGAGACAACGCAAAAAGAGAAACUUCAGAACUCACUAGAGAGGUUGCAGAAAGCAGAGGAACAAUGGCAGCUGGAGUUGGCUGAGGCAGAGAAGAAGCACAGUGAAACCCUUUCUGCUUUGGAAAAAGAAGGAGGGGAAUUGCAACAGAAAUUGACUGAGGCAGAAAAGUCCCUUGCCCAAACACGCUCCCAGCUUGCCACGCUGGAGGCAGAGACAGAAGGACUACGCCACAGAGCUAAAGCUCUAGAAGAAGCAGUGGGCAAGCUUCAGAGUGAAGCCAACCAAGCCAGAGUUGAAAUCAAGGAGAGAGAAACUGAGGAGAAGAGACUGUGCUUGAGUCUGGAGCAACUUGAAACAGACUUGCGUUCCUUUAAGAAUCUCACAGAGACUCUUCAGGCAGAGUUGGCUGAGAAAGAGAAGAGAGAAGUGGAGCUGCUUGAAGAAAAGGAACAAGCUGUGACUCAGGCUGCGGAAGAAGCUAGGAAGGAAGCAGAUGGCAGAGCAGAGGAAGCAGAGAGACAGCUGGAAGAAAGAAGAUCAGCCAUGAGAGAUCUUGAGGAGAAACUGCAAAAAGCUGAGGAGGAUGCUACCCACAGCAAGGCUAGACUGGAUACAUUCACAAAGGCUAUGGGAUCCCUGCAGGAUGAUCGGGACAGGGUGCUAAGCCAGUACAAGCAGUUAGAAGAGCGACAUCUACAGGUGAUGAUGGAAAAGGACGGGCUCAUCCAAGAGGCAGCUGCCGAAAAUAACGGUCUGAAGGAGGAGCUCCGCAGUCUUCUGGCCCAGCGUGACGACCUCCAUGCUGAAAACGCCAAGCUGGCUGCCCAGCUGCACGGCUACAGGGACGAGCUAAAACAGGUUCUCGCCAUGAAGGACUCCCAGCAUAAACAGCUGCUUUCAGCUCAGCUCGAACGCAUCAGUGUCUUGGAAAAAGAAAGGGAAGACUUACAAGCCAGGAUUGAGGAAAGGGAGACCUUGAUUAGAAAGGGGCCAGCAGUGGAGCACGAGGUUUUGAGCCAAGCUGGACAGGUCAUGGUCAAGCAGAAGAUGCAUGAUGCUCCAGGUGCAGAGGUGGAGAAACUAAGGGAGCAGCUUCAAGCGGCCAGGAAGCAGAUUAGCACCCUAGAAGAGAUGCUGAAGUCUGAAAGGGAAGCCCAGGCAGCCGACAGCAAAGAGCUGAAAGAGCUACGCUGGGAAGGUGGCAUUCUGCGGACUGAGGCUGAAACAGCAGAGGAAAGAGUAGCAGAAUUAGCCAAAGACUUGGUAGAAAUGGAGCAGAAGCUGCUAGUGGAGAGGGAAGUGGUAGCCCAGCUUAAAGCUCAGAACCAGUCCUUUGGUCAAGCCAUGGCCUCCCUGCAGGACUCAAGGGAUCAAGCCAUCAGCGAGGCCAAGGAGCUCCACUUCCGUCUGGAAGAGAGUCAACAGACAGGACACUCAGCAGCGCCCUCUAGCAGCUCCAGUGGAGAAGUAUGGAGCCUGAAGAAUGCUCUCUCAGCACUCCAGAAUGACAGAGAACGAAUGGUGGAGAAGUUACAGCUGCAGCACAGUGAGCUGGACAAGCUUACCCAAACUCUGGAGGAGGAAAAGAAGAAGGGAAUAGAAAUGGAGAAGAGGACAGCAGAACAGCUGAAGGAGAAUCAUGCCCAGCUGCAGAGAGACAGGCAGGAACUGGAGACACUCAAACUGGAACGUAGUGACUGGCUGGCCCAGGCGGAGCUCCUGAAGCAGCAGACUCUGGCCACACUCUCAGAGCGUGACCAGCAGGUUCGCCACCUCAGUGCCAUGCUGGAGGAGGCACGGGCAACUGCACAGGAGCACACUCACAGACAGGGAAAGAUCACAGUGGACAGCGCACCCGGAGGCCCCCUAGAGCACAGUGAGGACUAUAAAGCUGAGUGCAUUCUUCUCCAGAGAAGGUUGGAUGAGGAGACGGAGCUGAGGCUGAGUGUGGAGGAGCAGCUCUCUGCAGCGAGAGAUCACCUCAAACGGCACACACAGGGUGAGUGGCACUCAGGAGGUCAGGGGAUUACCUCUGAGACUGCCGUCCUGAUCGAGCCACCAGAGGGCGCCAUUACACGGACGCGGAGCGGUGGUCCUAGCUUGCUUCGGAUGCUGAGAGGAGCUUUCUGCUCCCGCCAGCGAACUCCUCUACUGGUGUCCGUCUACCUACUGACUGUACACGUUCUGCUGCUACUGUGUAUGGGAGGAUAUCUGUGAGACCGUGGAGAGGACAAGACAGAGCCAGUGUCUGAAAGGGGGCAGAAAGCGUGAAGGAGAAAGAAUGUAUGUAUACAGCUGUAUGCAAAAAUAUUAACACUCCUGGUCGAUUUGCAGGUUUUGUUGAUUUUUUAGUGCGCAAUUCCUUUUUUUCUUUUCCUUUUUUUUUGCUCAGUUUAAGACAUUGGAAAAAAAUAAAACAUAAAAUAUCAAAUGCGCCAUAACUUUUGCUUU